AUGUCUGACUCCGACGCUUCUGCAGUGUCUGCUGAGAUAUAUUCCGAUAUCAUCUGGUUGUUAGAGACUUACACUUCAGCGUCCUCCUCGUGUUUGCAUAUUUCCUCCGUCUAUGUAGCCACCGAUACUGACGGUUUUUUCCGUGGCCCUCUGUAUCUUGAAGGUAUCUGGGUCAUGAGCUUCAUACAGACUUUACCAAUGGAGGUCGAGGUCGUUUGGAAUAGCAAGAUUACUUUGCCUACCAUACUUUUCCUCCUCAAUCGCUAUGGCUUCAGCCUUGGUAUGAUUAUUAAUAUGGCGCCUAGCUUUCCAGGAACUGAGACAGAUGUGGAGUGCAACAUGUCAAACGUCCUAGGAACGAUCCUAACGAUCGGUCCUCUUCUAUGCACUAACUUGUUCUUCACAUUGAGGGUGUACGCCACCAGCAAUCAUAGCAAGUCGGUUCUAUUCGUCUCCCUGGCCCUAAUUCUGGCCAGACUAGUCGUUGAUAGCUGGCAAGCAGCUCUCUCAGUGGGCGCAUCCACUGCAAGAGAUCCUGGUAUUCAUCUUGCCGCCUGCGAAGAUGAUAUCACCGUAGCUAAUCCGGCCCUUGUUAGCUGGUGUGAGUCUUAUGUCGCCUCCGGAGGCCUGGCUCUUACUUUCGAUGGGUUCAUCUUCGCCGUGACCGUCGUAAAGUUGUUUGGUCAUCUUAUGGAAAUGCGGAAAAUGACCAACAAAGGUGGCAUAACUGCACUCCUUCUACGCGAUGGAAUAAUAUAUUUUAUCAUCAUGUUUCUGGUUGCGGCCACUCAGGCCGGUCUAGCUCUAGUCUCCGCCGUCAAUCCGGAGGCAGACAUUCUAUCAAACAUCAUGGAUCCGUAUUUUCAGGCUGUCCCAAAUAUUCUCGUUAAUCAUCUUUAUCUCAACUUGCGAAGGGUGAAUAGACCGCUGCCAGACUCUAUGGCCGUUCCAGCGCAACCUCCCCAGAACAGAUUUCUUGGACAUAUCGGAGAGCCUUUGGACCACGAUCAAUGGGACAGUCAAUUCGAUUCUGAAGACUUCCCGGUGGACGACUCCGGCGUGGAUGAAGAUACCAUUAGGGACAAUGCCGCCACGACGCUUGUACCGGUCAUUUAUGAUAAUCGUGGGGCCGUGAGCAACGCGGACAUCGAAAUGGUGCCUAUCGAGAGAGAUUCACCUGGAGCAGGUCCCUCUCGCACGUCUGGAUUGACGGCGUAA